CACCUUCAAGACAAUUUCUGUCAAUGAAAAUUUAUACCAGCAACAAAAUGGAUAGUGUUGACCAUCUGAUCUUUGUCAUUUUCGAUUCUUGCUCUUUAGGGUCUGGGUUUUUAUACGCAAUUACAUUUUUUUCUGUUUUGUGGCUAUUUCUGAGAUGGAGGACAGCGAAACCAAACUUUGCUCGUGGCCCAUCGUUUCUCAUGUCACAUUUGCUCCUAUUGAAGGCAGCUUUAACGAGACGAAGUGCCCCUCAGCUCUUAUUCACAGACAUAGCAAAGACAUACGGCCCAAUAUACAGUCUUUGGAUUGGAUUCAACUUUGUUACUGUCGUAACAGACUUAGAGCUGUCCAGAGAAGCUCUAAUCCGAAACCCCGACAGCUUUGCGCACAGACGAAAUGCUGCUGUCCUGGAGAGGAUUUUCCAAAAGGGGGGUGGUAUUAUUAGCGAAUCUGGCAACCCUUGGAAGGAGCGUCGCCGCUUCGGUAUGAACGCCAUGCGAAUAUUUGGUGCUGGUAAGCGUCGCCUGGAGCCUCGAAUCAACGAGGAAGCGAACUUUCUCGCGCAGAGCUUUGCCGACCACUGCGGACAACCCUUCGAUCCCAUCCCCCUGGUCAUCAACGCCGUAUCCAACAUCGUCGCCCAAAUAAGCCUGGGGCAGCGAUUCGAGUACACGGAUACUAGCUUCCAAGCUGUAGUCCGGAUCAUGCGAGAUCUCACUGAGGUGGGCAUACUAGAAGUGGGCAAUGUGUUUCCCGCCCUUGCUGACACUUUCCUGUACCAACGAAAGAGAUCCGAUUUCAGACAGCUGAAGGGUUUCAUUGAGGAGCAAGUGCGGAUCCACAGGGCGACACUAAAGGCAAACGACCCGCGUGAUCUCAUCGAUUUGUACCUCCAAGAGGCAGACAAAGAAUCAACAGACUUUUCAGAAAAAGACUUGGACAGUGAACCCGUUUUUACGGAGUCUAACGUCUGGAGAUUCAUUCAAGACAUUUUCUUUGCUGGAACGGAGACAACCGCCUUGAGUUUGUUGUGGAUUCUACAUCUCGUUACGAUGCACCCUGAAAUUCAGGAGAAAGUUCAAGUGGAAAUUGAUGACGUCAUCGGGAGAGCAAGACAGCCUACCACCUCUGAUAUGGUUUCCAUGCCCUAUACGCAAGCGACCAUUUUGGAAGUGAUUCGACACCGACCGGUUAUUCCUGUGUAUCACAGGGAAAGCCCACCGGAUGGAAACGGCAAAUUCGCCCAGUACACGGUCCCCCGUAACUCCUACUUCCUGAUCAACGUGUACGGUAUGAACCACGAUCCCAAGGUGUUUCCUGACCCGGACAUGAUCCGGCCGGAGCGAUUCCUCACCGUUGACAAAAACGGCAAACGCAUAUUCUCUGGGAAGGGUCAGCUACUCAUGAAUUUUGGAUCAGGCAAGAGGGCGUGUGUCGGGGAAAGCAUGGCCAGAACAGAACUCUUUUUGUUCGUCGUCAACCUCUUCCAGAGAUUCACCUUCACCUUCUCGGCAGAGGAUGGCCCACCUAAUCUAGAAGGCGUCCCGGGCCGUAUUUGGAGUCCUUUGCCCUUCAGACUGUGUGCGGAAACUCGCUUAUAAGAGUCUAGAGCAUAUAUGUACCUCUUUGUUAAUGCCAGUUAGUUGCGAUAUGAAGGUGCGCCAAACGUCACCCAGCCUGACAAAAACCAAGGAUUUGCUAAUGUUUGAGUCAAUUCAAGCAGAUGCCUUGGCAGGGUUGCCUGUUAUUUUUGGCCGAGUUUGUAACCAUGGCAGGGUAUGGCAGGGUAUUUGCUGACAUGAUAGAGAUUUCAAAAUCAAUUUGGUUUCCCUGCAGUCACGACAACAGGGUUCUUCACCGUUUUUCCUAUAGACGCACUAAAGAGGUUUUUCACUUGACGUAACAAGACGAGCAAAGACAUUCAGGAAGCGUACCAUUUCGUGGAGGCGUGUGCAUUUCCCAAUCUGGAUGUUUCCAUUGGCCAUUUCACGCACCGUACUCAGGAGUGCUAAAACACUUCGAAGACGCGCGUUUCGGCGUGUAUCUGUGUAAAUUGAACGCUGACCGUCAAAAAUCAUGUGACUGAAACUCCUCUACAGUGUUGUGACACG